AGAAAGAGCAGGAGGCUCUCAGGAGGCCUUUCAUUUGAGGGGAAAGUUCAUCCCGAGAAGAUUAAAAAAAGACAUCAUGGCUUCUUCAUGGCCCAGAAGACCAAAUGCAAAUCUGAUUUAAGUGACGUAAUGACUGGCUCCAACUUUUUUUGGCAUGUUCUUCAAAACCAAACAAUGCCUGCUCGGCUUAAAGAGGUUAAACUCUCCAAGAUUUUACAGGAAACCAGACAAUAAAAUAAGACAAAGCUGAAAAACUCUUUUGUGCAGCAAUAGUCGUUCUGAGCCAUCUUGAGACCGCUCUGAUUUAUUGCGCCAAGGAUCGGAAACCACUGGCCCUGUGCAUUUUGCAUGAUUUCCUUAAAAGCUGGGGACAAAACGCUUUUUCUCUUCUCUGGGUUCUUGUAGCAACAUGUAACGUGUCCCUCUGUUUGAACCAUUCAGAUGUCGCUGUGCAUGACCUCACAUCUCUGCCUGCUGGCCCUACCAGUGAUCUCACUCCUGCUGCUCUCCUCUUCUAUUGGUUGGAGCUCCGAUGUCCUCACCCCAGGCUGUCACCUUUACCCCUUCAACGUGACCAUCCGCAGCGACCGUCGCGGCACAUGUAAAGGCAUCCAUCUGGUCUACGCCUGUGUGGGCUACUGCGAGUCCAGCGCCUUUCCAUCCAGAUACUCGGUACUGGUGGCCUCCAACUUCACCCACAACAUCACUUCCACUUCACGAUGCUGCACCAUUAGCAAGGACGCCAAGGUCAAAGUUCGCCUGGACUGCCCGCAGGGUCGUCACCAUGACGAAAUAGAGAUCCUGACAGCGAAGGCGUGCCGCUGUGACAUGUGCCGCAAAUCACGCUACUGAUACACAAUAAUAUUAUGCUGCAUACUAAUGUUAACCACAAUGAGAAACCAGGUUACAGUGUAGGCAGUAAAUUACUGAGCUACAAGUUUUCUUUUUCUGUCCAUUUUGGCUUGUUUGAACAAAAUUAACUUUAACUGACAUUGUACCAUGGUACUUUCAUAGCAGGGUCUCCUUCACUAAAGUGGACCUAUUAUGCUUUCCCUUAAUUUUGUGAAAUAUAUAUACUUUUUUUUUUAGUGGUGGAUGCUCAUAUUAGUUAAACUCAUCCUUAAUAUGGUCAUCAGAAGCACAGAGUUUUGGCUGUAAACACAUAUAUAGUAUACAUAUAUAGCACACAAUUCAAAUCUUUUGUUUAAGACAGACAGCCAAUCAGAACAAAGUGAGCCUGAGGUGAGGGGGUGGAGCUAAAACGACUUAUUUCUGACAGUGGAAGAGCUGAGGGGCUGCACCAAGGCUCAGUAUUAGAUCAUUAAAGAUUAAUCUGAUAUGUGAUUCAUGCAAAGCUACUCUAGUAAAGUCCAAGAUUGGAAAUGAGCAUAACAGGAAAUGAGAUAACAAAAGAUCCAAAAUAGAAAAGCUCCCGGCAGUACUAAACGUACUAAACACCACGACACCCUGAAAGUGUAGACAGUAAAUUCUCUGGCUACACAUCUAACUACUUUAUUACUGCAUGAAAAAUUCACGCUUUUUAAUGUACUGUUAGUUUCUUUGUGUAAAAUGUGAUGUAAGAGAAACUUGAUUGACAUGCUUUGAGUUUAGGCUGUAGAAACCAUUCUGUCACACACACACUGCACACAAACUAAACAUUUUCAUAGUGUUGCUUCAGGGCUUUGAGGCUUGGCAAACACUUCAUUAUUCAAUCAUCUUUCAUCAGACGUUGUGACUCAGUAGCAAGUGUCAGGACACAGAUAUAAUCAAACUCACAGGAACAAAAAGUCAGAUUUAGAAUGACUUUAAUAUAAAAUGAAUGAAAACAUAGCAGUCGAUAAAACAGUCGAGUCAUGUCUUUGUUGACUUCGAUUAACAAAAAAGUUGAAAUACCGUCUUUGGAAACAAUACAAAGCUCCAAUAUAUGAGGAAUGUCAUUCUUGUAGUAACCACUAAUCACAGUCAUGAGACCAAAGAAUGUACACAAUUUAUUUAUAUUUAAGAAUCUGAACUAAAGUCAUUUUGUAAAUAAUAUCUAUUGAUGAAACCAAAGAAUGUUGGAAAUGAAAAAGAGGAACAAUGCACUGUGUAAUUUGUAAUGAAACUGUAUGUCAAUAAAUUUCUAUUCUGCAACUUUAAAAUAAUUUCUCUGGAUUUUCUAUUUUUUUCUUAACAACCACGCACAAAUAAACUUAAGCGGUCACAUAACAUGCCUAACCACAACCUCUAUCCCUAAGCUAAACUUUAAAUUCAGCCUUGAAUUAAGUGAUAAAUGUUGUGUGAGUUUGUGCUCCUAUCAACCUCAUUCAUCACUGUCUCACUGUACACUGUGCAUGCAUCAUAUCAAUAAACAAUUCAGUUGGUAAUAUUACUGAGGAACUUGCUUUUCUAAUUCUCUGGAUCUUUGACGAACAAUGAGAAA